CUGGGAAAGAUCUGCCAAGAUUCUUUCAUUCAAUGUUAUUGCUCUCCAACCAUGGAAGGACGGUGUGGGGUCACGCUAGAUAUUUAAGCCGACUGUGUUCAAGUAUUACUAGAGCGCAACCAUUUACUUUAAAUGGACGCGGACCAUCCAAAUAUCGAACGUUAAAUGCCCGCGCAAAAGAAAAAAGAUCCAUGUAUGUAUAUAUACCCUAUUUCAUCCCAAUAAAAUCUGGGCAAAUUCCCUACUUUCUAGGUUUUCUUUUUCAUAUUUAUUUGUGGGAGAAGCUUUUGCAGCUGCUGGGCUACAGUGAAACCCCCUUUAAUUUUCCCCAGAGUCCAUUAUAGUGUUCAAUGGUGGAAAAUCUUGUGACCUCUUAUGAGGAAUCACUAAGGCUGGAAGAAGCAUCAGUGCUGUUCCAGGUAAGUUUGCUUUCACUUGGGCAUACUGGUAAUGGUAUGAGCUGCAUGCCUGUUAUAUUUGGUUAGAGCUACGAAUGAAGGGAUGAUAUUCUGAUUUUAAUGUUCUGGAUUUUUGACGAUGCUGUAGCAAUUGUGAUCGGGAAGGAGGGAGUGUUAUGCUUUCAGGGUUUUCUAUUUAAUUUCUGCAGGAUGUGAUUCUGAGAGUAAUGGGCAACUGAGAUUUUCAGAGUUUAUUUGGUUUAAGGUUUUUGGUUAAAGUGGUUAAGAAAUGAUAGAUACUGCUUUUGGAAAAGUACAGAAUAAAGGAAUAACAGUUUAUUUAGGUGUUUGUUAAAAGUGCAAGGGAUUGUGGUUUACCAGUCUGUUUCAUCAGAGUGUGUCCUACAGUGAAACCCCCUUUAAUUUUCCCGGGUGCCAGAGUCCAUUAUAGUGUUCAGUGGUGGAAAAUCUUGUGACCUCUUAUGAGGAAUCACUAAGGCUGGAAGAAGCAUCAGUGCUGUUCCAGAGGCAACACAUGGUGGAGAGAAAGCUAAUGCAUUAUUCUAGCUUACAAACCAUUCUGUUAGUUGGGGAAGGCAAUUUCUCAUUUUCUUCAGCUUUGGCUACUUCAUUUAAAUCUGCAAAAAACAUCGUAGCCUCCUCAUUUGAUAGCAAAGACAAAAUCUUGAAGGUUUAUGAUACAGCUCGUAGUUCAAUUGAGAACUUGGAAAGUCGUAAAGCAUUGGUACUGUAUAAGGUGGAUGCAACCAGAUUGCAUGAAAUUGAAGAUCUAAGCGCCAGGAAGUUUGACAGAAUUGUAUUCAAUCUCCCUCAUGCAGGCUAUUUUCCCGGUGGGGAACGCAGUAAAAAAGCUAUCAAAAAGAACAAAGAGUUGGUGAGUAUGUUUUUGGAAAGUGCUGCCAAGCUGCUGAGCUUGUGUGGAGAAAUCCAUGUUACUAACAAGGUUGGGCCACGCUACAAAAAAUGGAAUUUAGAAGAAGAAGCAGAAAAGUAUGGGCUGUAUUUGAAGGAGUCUGUUAGUUUUCAAAAAACAGAUUAUCCUGGUUAUAUGAACAAAAGGGGAAGUGGACCAAAGAUCAACAGAACCUUCCGUCUGGGAGAGUGUAGAACUUAUAUGUUCUCGGCUCCCUGAGUGGCAUGCAGCUGCUGUGUAUGCCAAGUUUCUAACUGUUUUAUCAUGGAAAGGCAUGGACUCACUUGUGCUUAGUUAUCUUCAAUCAUACAGUGAUUACUAAAAGUAUUGUCAUAACCAUUCAUAUGAUUAUGGAGUAGCAAAUUACUUAGUAAUUUGAAAUAUAGUGUUAUGGUAACACUUCAAAUUUUGAGUCAAUACUGUAAUGAUUUUUGAUGCCUAGCCAGCCA